CCCCUCUUCGACACCAUAGCCACUAGUCCACCUGAGCUAGCCGAAAGUACAGCGGACCUGGGCAACCGCACUACGAUGCAUCAGAAGAUGAGCCAGAUGGCUGGUGUGAUGAGCCUCUUUGCAGUGGUCAUAUUUCUCGUGCUGAUUGUCAGUUGUGUUUGCAUGGUAAGGCUGGCACACAGGAGCAAGACGAAACCCCGACCACCCUCGCCGGGUGCAAAGGAGAACUCUCCGCAUGCCGGUGCUGCCUUCUGUCCCUCUAGCUUGGGCAUGAUUUACACCCGGUCACACAUGCCCCUGCCUGAGUCCACUGUCGGUGGAAUAUGCACCUUCUCUACAAUGCAGCCUUUGAAGUAUGGGUAUGGUGAACCAGAAAGCUGGAAUAUGCAAGGUCAGGAACCCUGCGAAGGUGACUGUGCGUUCCUUGAAGCACAGGAGAGACUGUUGCCCACACCCUCUGCUAAGGAAUUCUACAGACCUAUGCAUCCUGUAGAGUUCCUGCAGCCCGGCGCCCUCCUACCUCGUGACACCACAGACAAAGUCACUCAGAGCAUAGGACCUCGCAUGAAGGCAGUUUUCGGUGGGUCUCAGAGCAGUUGCAAACGUGCGCACCCUGCAUCCCGUCCUGGCCUCUAUCAAUAG